AGAUGCCCCGACAAGACAGGGACACGCAGUGGCGAGGCGGCUUCUUUACCCUCUUCGACUUUGACGACGAUAAAGCCAACUAAAAAGACGGUUUGAUUCCGCCGCAAGCUCGGACACUGGACGCCACGAGCGUCGGCGCCGACGAGUGCGAUCGAACCCCGUUCUUCCGAGAAAUCAUACUGAUAGCUGAUUAUAGUAUCUUCAGGUUUCAUUAAAGAUAUUCAUAUAACAUUUUGCUUAACUGAUGAUUGUUGCUAAGGUUGGGUUUGAAUAAAGUAAAUCAGCUUGAUGGAUGAUAUUUAUGGAAAGAUAGAUGUUUUCCCAGAGCACUUCCAGCCCAUCAAAGCAUCUGAAAGUUCUCCGCAAGGAAGCAAUUCAAGAGAUGAUCAUAAACUGAGAUCACAAAGUCAUUCAUGGACUGUAAGAAGGGUGAUUGGAGCUGCAUCUCUUUUGAACUUGUUUUCUCUACCUCGUCUUCGAUGGGGAUCUGGCGAAGAUGACGAGAAGCAGGUCGAACUUACUAGAGCAGAACUGGAGUCCCUUCAGUCUGAAAUUGUGGAUGCAGAGGACAGAGAGAUGCAUCUAAAAGCUCAGCUGGAACAUGUUGAUGGCAUUUUGAGAUCCGCACGGCUUUGUGGUUAUCUCUAUGUUCGAACUAGAUGGACACAACUUCCUGGAGAACCUCCUAUAAUAGAUGAUGAUGAUAUAGAUGAUUGGCUUCCUCGAUUUGUUAUACUCCACGGUUCAUCUAUCUAUUAUUAUCUCAGAUCCUUUGACAUGAGUCCUCAGGAUACUACAAAUUUAUCUGAAAUUGUUGAAAUGGGACCGCUCCCAAGCUUCAUUGACGAAGACAAAGAAACGAGAUAUGCCUUUUACCUUUUGACCAAUCAAGGAUUGCGAUUUGAAUGCUCAAGUAUUUCUCGAGGACAGGUGGAAUCAUGGUUGUCUACAUUAGGAACAGAUUGCAAACUCGAGUCUGGAUCAACUCUUUAAGAUUUAAGGAAAUCAUAGGAUUUAUUGUAUAGGUAAUCCCUUAGCAAUUUGUAAAUAUUUCAUAGUCAUUUCUCUUUAAGCUAUGGACAUUAAUGUUCUCGAUAUAUUCUCAUUGGUGUUUCAAUUGGGUGUUUUUGUAGCUUGUUCAUUUAUGGCUACUCUGGAAGAUUGCAAAUAAACAUUUUUAAAAAAAAAAUAUUACCUACAUUUUUCUA